CACUGGCUGGCAAAAUACGCAAAAAUUGAAUGGUUAAAAUAAAUAAAUAAAUGAAUUUUCGGUGGCAACGUACCAUCACAACACAUGGCAAAGAGUGCAGUGCGCGUUUCAGAUUCCGAUUCUGAUUCCGAUUCGCAAACAGAUUCACAAACAGAUUCCUGUAUCCCAUAAUGAAAAAUGCCCAAAAAAGAUAAGACAAAAAUUAACAAAAUUAUUUUGAAAAUAACCUGAAGCAAAAGACUCAUUAAUUUUCCAAUAUCGUGUCAGGGUGAAAGCAAAAGAACGAGGAAAAUAAAAAAAAACAAAAAAACCAAAUGAAGGUAUCUGACGGAUGCGCGAGACGGUGUGCUGUAAUUUUAAACGCAUUUCAUGCGCUUGUUUUGACAUUGAAAUGAAAUAACCAUUAAAAUAGGAUAAUUAAAACGGAGCAACACAGACACAACGGAUACGAGAUACACCUGAGAGAGAACACAAACAUCAACGGGGAAGGAACUCAAACAGUGAGCUAAAGAUGACGACGCGUGGCAUACGCCGUAAGAAGUCGACGCUGACGGAGUUGAAGAUAGCCGUGAUUGGGGCACCCAGUGUUGGAAAGAGCGCUCUAAUUGUGCGCUUUCUAACGAAGCGUUACAUAGGGGAGUACGAUCAUCAGACGGAGAAUCGCUACAAGCACGAGGCCAUGGUUGACGGUGAGCCGGUGCUCUUCGAAAUACUCGACACAUGUCCCAAGGCCGAUGAUGAGUUUCCCAAUGCCGCGGAGCUGGUGCAGUGGGCAGAUGGUUUGCUCCUCGUCUACUCCAUCACGGAUCGCAAGAGCUUCAAUUAUAUACGCCGUGCCAAGUCGGAUCUGCAGUCGGACACGCCCGUUCAGCUGUGCGCCAACAAGGUGGACAUGGUGCAUCUGCGGCAAGUGAGUCGCGAUGAGGGCGAGAUUCUCGCCAAAGACUUUGAGUGCAAAUUCAGCGAAGUCUCCGCCGCCGAUCAUGUCGAUCAGGUGGCCGAAAUCUUCAACGAACUCUGCAAGGAGGUGCUCGCCUCCAAGCGCAAGUCCAAGCAGAGUCUUCUGGAGCGCAUGCUCGGCGGCGCCCGACCCUACAGCCGGGGGAAGAGCGACAGCAAUUUGCCAAAAGACUGACACUGAACUGCUAAAUUCGUGGAGAUAGCUUAUAAAUUUAGCGACUAUUUUUGUAUAUCUAAUAAAUAUAGAAAAAAAGUAAA